UGUAAAUUUUAUUAUCGUCAAAUAGAUCAAAAAUAUCAGCACGUUGACGAUAAAACGGAACCAUUCUCCUUCUCACUUCUAUUCGUUUUUCAUACAAUUCAUCCUCAUUCGCAUCACUGUCAUUGUCACUAUUUAAAACUUCGUUCAAAACAUCAAGGUGACGUUCGAACUCGUCGAUGUUAUUCAUCUUCAAUUCUCACUAGACCACUAGAUGUUGUUACUUGAUAAUCAAAACAAUGACACGUGAAAAUACUAAAAACUAGGACAACAAUAGCUGUAAGCAUUAGCCUUAGCACGGAAUUUUAAGAAAAUAACCGCUGUAAGCCAACUAAUAGUUGGCUUACAAAAAUUUGCUAUCUUAAGUUUAAAAAGACAAGUUCAAAAUAUUUCUUAAGAAAAAAAAGUGAGUUGAGAAAAGCUAGAAUACGGUUUUAGGUAAAUCCAAGCAUAAAUUGGAUUUUUAAGCAAAAAACAGUAAGUUAAGAAAAAAUUCCGUGCUUAAGUCAAGGCUAGAAUACGGCCCCAGAUGCACGUAACGCCUUAAGGCAUAGCCCCCUUCGAUAUUUGGGUACUACGUUGUAUGUUGGCAACUUGUCAUGCGCUGCAUUCUGCCUAACAAUUUGUUUUCAAAAAUCAUCGUCACCGUCCUUGCCCGAAAGGUCACGGAGCAAUAAAUUAAUAUUUAAAUUGGCUAGUGGACAUUUACAUCCUCUCAUUUUUCCUAAACAGGAUUUCACUUACUUUAUCCUUUCCAAAUUCCUCCAGUCUUGUAAAAAAGACAGUAACAAACAACUUCAGAAACCAGUACUAACAUCCUGCAAACGUCCAGUAACCCUGGGAAGUCGAUCAACGCUAUUAUCAGGCCCUAAGGGUCAUGCGAUUAGCUUCCCUUAUUUGUUUGAGUACCGCAAAUUGAGCAUGACACGGUUAUGAAAAUGGAACUUUGGGUACAUGAGAAAUGGGCUUGUACAAGGAAGUGAUUCUCUGAUCAGGGCGCUUGUUUCCAGAAGUACCUAAAUAGCGUUGAACUUAACAUCCAACGCUCAGUUGAAAAACAGAACGCUUCCAUUACAAACGUUUCUAACAAAAGUACUGUACUUAAGAAAAAAUGGCUCUCAUGGCGCUGUUAGUUGUUGUCUGCUUGACCUCGUGUUCGACAGCGAGCGCCAUUACAUUACAGGAUCUCAACAAAAAUUUCGUAAAAUUUAAAGAAGCUGUGACAGCAAAAGAAAUUAAACUGGAAGCAAAAGUGACGGAAUUAGAAACCAAACUUCUUCGACUAGAGGGACUAGUGGAAAGAAAUUUGGUCAGUUUGAUCAAAGAAGAUUUUGCAACCAAAAUGGUUCAACUGGAGAACAAUGUGAGCCAACAGAAAGAAAUGCUGAUUGCCCUACAAACGAAAGAGCCCGCUGACAGAACGACUUUCGACUUGGAUAACAACGAAAACGCUUAUUUCUUUGCAAAGAGAGGCAUCUUAAGAACGUGUCAAGAAAUUCGUGCAGCUAUUCCGUCGUUGAGCUCCGGAAUGUACUGGAUCGAUCCCGACGGUCAAGGAGUGGGAGACGAUCCGAUUUACGUCUAUUGUAACAUGACGACAGGAUCAAGUUCCGUUACCCACGACAGCGAAUCGCCAAUUGACGUAGGUCACUGCGCUGAACCUGGAUGUUAUUCGAGGACAAUCAACUACAACGCAACUAGUAAACAAAUGAUUGCGUUGGCUGAAUUAUCCGGCAAGUGUCAACAAUCGAUUACGUACGAUUGCACAUACGCCCCGUUCGAGUUCAACAACGUUCCUUUUGGCUGGUGGAGUGAUAGGCAUGGAAAUCCUCAAUAUUUCUGGGCUGGGAGUAAUGCUAGUGCACACACUUGUCAGUGCAGCAUUGAUCAGAGUUGCGUUGACGCUACAGCCAAAUGCAACUGUGACUCCACUUCGCCAAUGCAACUGACGGACCAGGGUUUUGUCACUGAUAAGAAAGUUCUACCCGUUACUCGGCUGAGUUUUGGACGAACGCAAUUCGAAAUAUCGUCCGGUGUUCAUACACUGGGCAGAUUCGAAUGCUUCGGGCAGGCCAAAUCGGCCGGAAUACCGACGUCAUGUGAAGAUUUAUGGCGGAUUGGUCACUCACUCAAUGGACUCUAUUCCAUCAAAGGACCUGCAAUGAUGGAAAUUAUAUUCUGCGAUUUCACGAAACUUCCUGGCGAUGCAGGUUUCCAGAGAUGGGUCGGAUACGCUGACGUCAAAUCGACACACGUCUACUUUUACGUUCAGCGAAGCCAACGGUUCACCACAGUCAACGCUUCGAUCCCGUUCGACGUUGCCACACUCAACGUUGGCAACGGCAUGAAUGUGACAACAGGCAUUUUCACAGCCCCACGAGCUGGAACCUAUUUCUUCUGCUUCACUGGACUGGCUGAAUUCCCCACUUUUCCCUAUUUAUCGUAUUUAGGCAUAGAUCUUUAUUGGAACGGUAAUCUCACCGGAAGGGCUUUCGUCGAAGACGUCAACACCGUCGCUGGCCAGUACAGUCCGCUGAGUCUUCAAUCGACGCUCCACAUGCAACAAGGUGACCAAGUCUGGUUGCAGAUUGACACUUUGUUUCCUCUUGUUGGUGGGCGCCCUGCCGGUCGGCAAAAGCGGAUGCCCCCAGCGAAAAGAGUGGUGCUCUUUGACGACAGUCGCCAUUUUACUCACUUCACCGGUUGGAUGUUGGAAGAAGAAAUUUCGCGAUCACUUUGAGCUGUCAUCCGUUGCAUAUAAUAACUCAAUUGUUUGUAUAAACCGAAGAGAAAAAACGAAAUAAGUUAAAUCUGA